AUCCGAAGGACCCUAUAGCCAUCGAGCGGUUGAACCUGAUGAACAUGGCUAAGCUGAGCAUCAAGGGCCUGAUUGAGUCGGCCCUGAACCUGGGCCGAACCCUGGACUCCGACUACGCUCCGCUGCAGCAGUUCUUCGUGGUCAUGGAGCACUGCCUCAAACACGGACUCAAAAGUACGGAGACGUGUGACAUCCCCUACCUACCUAUGUUAUUGUUUGUUCUUGCCUGGUCCCAGAUCUGUUUGUGCGGUCUUGCCAACGCCUAUGGUCAUUGUUUCACCAAACGUGACAUUGACCAUAGGAGUUGGUUGGCAAAACAGAUCUGGGACAUGUCUGUACUAGAUGUAGGCUUGUUUCUCUGGUGUAACAAGAAUCACUAGUCACAUCCCUUCUAAUAAUGAUUUGAGAACCGUGCUCCCAAAUUAUUACAAACACAUCGACUGUCGUAACUCGCAGAAAUUCUACUCUUUACCACUUCUACACGCCUUUUGGACACGGGGUAUAAGGCCCUCUCCCGCCUCCUUUCGGCAUAUCCGACCAUGACUCCAUCUUGCUUCUCCCCGCCUACAAACAAAGACUCAAGAGGGAAGUGCCGGUGGUCAGGUCUGUACAGCGUUGGUCCGUACAGCGUUGGUCCAACCAAUCACAAUUCAGGCUCCAAGACUGUUUUGAUCACGUGGACUGAAAUAUGUUCCGGGUUGUCUCUGGAGAUAACAUCAAUGAAGACGCCGACUCAGUCACCAGAUUCAUAAAACAAUGCAUAGAUGACGUGAUUUACUCCAGUAGUAGUAGUUGGCCUGAUUACCAACAGCAACGAGACGGCCUACAGAGAGGAGGGAGGCACACUGACAGGUAAACAACCUCUCCCUCAACGUUAGCAAAACAAAGGAGCUGAUUGUGGACUUCAGGAGGAAUCAGGCUGGACACGAACCCCAUCCUCAUCAACGGGGCCUCCGUAGAGAUGGUCUUCUAAUUCCUCAGAGUAAACAUCUCAGAGCAGCUGAACUGGUCUAACCACACGGACACCGUGGUGAAGAAGGCACGACAGAGACUCUUCAACCUCAGGAGGCUGAUGAAAUGUGGCCUGUCCCCGAGGGCCUCACAGUGUUCUACAGGAGCACCAUCGAGAGCAUACUGUCGUGCUGCAUCACAGCCUGGUAGGCAGCUCCACCGCCGCGGACCGCAUGGUGCUUCAGAGGGUGAUGCGGCCAGCCGAAUGCACCAUUGGGUGCACACUGCCUGGCCUCCAGGACACCUACAGCACCCGGUGUCACAGGAAGGCCAAGAAGAUCAUCAAGGACCCCAGCCACCCAAACAAUGCCCUGCUCUCCCCGCUUCCAUCCCUCAGACGCGGGCAGUACAGGAGCAUCAUGGGAAAAACUGGAAGGACUGGCCAAUAGCUUCUACCCCCAGUCCAUCAGGCUGCUGAAUAGCCACCACUAGUCAGCUACCCACAACCCCCUCCUACAUUCAGGAUGCUUAGAAGCAAAGUGCCCUGUUUAGCCCAGAGUUUUUCAGGAUGAUCUUAGCAUUGGUGUUCUGUAGUAUUCUUGGCCUAACGUUCCCUCUACCAAACCCCUCAGCCAAGAAGACGUUCCUGGGGCAGAACAAGUCUUUCUGGGGGGCCCUGGAGCUGGUGGAGAAGCUCACCCCGGAGGCUGGAGAGAUCACGGCCAGCGUCAAAGACCUGCCAGGACUCAAGUAAGACCUUAGCCUGACUAACGUCAUCCCUAAUGUCCUCUUCCCAUCCCUAAUGUCCUCUUCCCAUCUGAAUAACACCAUCUCUAAUGUCCUCUUCCUGUCUGAAUAACACCAUCUCUAAUGUCCUCUUCCCAUCUGAAUAACACCAUCCCUAAUGUCCUCUUCCCAUCUGAAUAACACCAUCCCUAAUGUCCUCUUCCCGUCUGAAUAACACCAUCUCUAAUGUCCUCUUCCUGUCUGAAUAACACCAUCUCUAAUGUCCUCUUCCCAUCUGAAUAACACCAUCCCUAAUGUCCUCUUCCCAUCUGAAUAACACCAUCCCUAAUGUCCUCUUCCCGUCUGAAUAACACCAUCUCUAAUGUCCUCUUCACAUCUGAAUAACACCAUCUCUAAUGUCCUCUUCCCAUCUGAAUAACACCAUCUCUAAUGUCCUCUUCCCAUCUGAAUAACAUCAUCUAUAAUGUCCUCUUCCCAUCUGAAUAACACCAUCUCUAAUGUCCUCUUCCCGUCUGAAUAACACCAUCUCUAAUGUCCUCUUCCCAUCUGAAUAACACCAUCUCUAAUGUCCUCUUCCCAUCUGAAUAACAUCAUCCCUAAUGUCCUCUUCCCAUCUGAAUAACACCAUUAAUGUCCUCUUCCCAUCUGAAUAACAUCAUCCCUAAUGUCCUCUUCCCAUCUGAAUAACACCAUCCCUAAUGUCCUCUUCCCGUCUGAAUAACACCAUUAAUGUCCUCUUCCCAUCUGAAUAACACCAUCCCUAAUGUCCUCUUCCCAUCUGAAUAACGCCAUUAAUGUCCUCUUCCCAUCUGAAUAACACCAUUAAUGUCCUCUUCCCAUCUGAAUAACACCAUCCCUAAUGUCAUCUUCCCAUCUGAAUAACACCAUUAAUGUCCUCUUCCCAUCUGAAUAACACCAUCUCUAAUGUCCUCUUCCCAUCUGAAUAACACCAUCCCUAAUGUCCUCUUCCCAUCCCUAAUGUCCUCUUCCCAUCUGAAUAACAUCAUCCCUAAUGUCAUCUUCCCAUCUGAAUAACAUCAUCCCUAAUGUCAUCUUCCCAUCUGAAUAACACCAUUAAUGUCCUCUUCCCAUCUGAAUAACACCAUCUCUAAUGUCCUCUUCCCAUCUGAAUAACACCAUCCCUAAUGUCCUCUUCCAAUCUGAAUAACACCAUCUCUAAUGUCCUCUUCCCAUCCCUAAUGUCCUCUUCCCAUCCCUAAUGUCCUCUUCCCAUUAAAUCAAAAUAUUGAAGAUCUACAGGUAACUGCCAAAAUAAAGGAAACCCCAACAUAAAGCGUCUUAACAGGGCGUUGGUUGGGCCACCACGAGCCAGAACAGCUUCAAUGCUCCUUGGCAUAGAUUCUACAAGAGUCUGGAACUCUAUUGGAGGGAUGAGACACCAUUCUUCCACCAGAAAUUCCAUCAUUAGGUGUUUUGUUGAUGGUGGUGGAAAAUGCUGUCUCAGGUGUUCAAUAGGGUUAAGAUCUGGUGACACACACACGUUUGUUUUACUAUCCUUGUGGGGACCAAAUUUUCCCAUUUUAAAAUCCUAUUUUACCUAACCCUAAUUCUAACCCCUAAGCCUAAGAUAGAUGUUUUCCUUGGCAAAAUGUCCCCAAUUUUCCUUGUUUUACUAUCCAUGUGAGGACUUCUGGUUGUAAGCUAACAUAUAGAAUUGUUUUAAGAUGGUCAUACCAAGGAUCAUUUAGCUAUUUGAUUUGGAUGAAGCAUUGAAUUUGGCAUUACUGCUAUUAGCCAAUAGAAAUGCAAUGAGUAACAAAUUAAUCUACAUGGAACAACAGAAAGUCCCCCAAAAUCUCAAGGAACGUUGUUCUGAAGUGUCUGUCCUAUAUCUGAGAGAUAUAAGAUCAGGGAAAAUUUUUAAAUGUUUUAUUUUAGGCACUAAACUAUCUCCAUAUAUACUUCCAUUCAUUUUUUAAAAACUAGUACCGGGACCUUCAGAUGAGUCCUGUGACGCAUGUGGGGGUCGUAGAGCCAAACGGAGAGUCUCAUCUUUCAAGAGGCCAAACCGUUCAAACGCUACAGACGUUUUUUGUGAGAAGACCAAUUUUCGGGACGUCUCAUGGUCUGACAAACACCUCUGUAGCUCUGUCACCUUUCACAGCAGAUGCGGAAGGGCGAUAUCGGCGGAUUGAGACAGAAUAUAUCUGUAGCUUAAACUGACAGAUUCUGAUGGGGAUUCUAUUAUUCUGUUUAUUGGGGGUUGCGGAAGUUGUAAGGUCAUUAAACCCCCUGUGCUCCUUUGAGACCCCUCUCUGAAACCCCCUGUGCUCCUUUGAGACCCCUCUCUGAAACCCCCUGUGCUCCUUUGAGACCCCUCUCUGAAACCCCCUGUGCUCCUUUGAGACCCUCUCUGAAACCCCCUGUGCUCCUUUGAGACCCCUCUCUGAAACCCCCUGUGCUCCUUUGAGACCCCUCUCUGAAACCCCCUGUGCUCCUUUGAGACCCCUCUCUGAAACCCCCUGUGCUCCUUUGAGACCCUCUCUGAAAACCCCCUGUGCUCCUUUGAGACCCCUCUCUGAAACCCCCUGUGCUCCUUUGAGACCCCUCUCUGAAACCCCCUGUGCUCCUUUGAGACCCCUCUCUGAAACCCCCUGUGCUCCUUUGAGACCCCUCUCUGAAACCCCCUGUGCUCCUUUGAGACCCCUCUCUGAAACCCCCUGUGCUCCUUUGAGACCCCUCUCUGAAACCCCCUGUGCUCCUUUGAGACCCCUCUCUGAAACCCCCUGUGCUCCUUUGAGACCCCUCUCUGAAACCCCCUGUGCUCCUUUGAGACCCCUCUCUGAAACCCCCUGUGCUCCUUUGAGACCCCUCUCUGAAACCCCCUGUGCUCCUUUGAGACCCCUCUCUGAAACCCCCUGUGCUCCUUUGAGACCCCUCUCUGAAACCCCCUGUGCUCCUUUGAGACCCCUCUCUGAAACCCCCUGUGCUCCUUUGAGACCCCUCUCUGAAACCCCCUGUGCUCCUUUGAGACCCCUCUCUGAAACCCCCUGUGCUCCUUUGAGACCCCUCUCUGAAAACCCCCUGUGCUCCUUUGAGACCCCUCUCUGAAACCCCCUGUGCUCCUUUGAGACCCCUCUCUGAAACCCCCUGUGCUCCUUUGAGACCCCUCUCUGAAACCCCCUGUGCUCCUUUGAGACCCCUCUCUGAAACCCCCUGUGCUCCUUUGAGACCCACUCUCUGAAACCCCCUGUGCUCCUUUGAGACCCCUCUCUGAAACCCCCUGUGCUCCUUUGAGACCCCUCUCUGAAACCCCCUAUGCUCCUUUGAGACCCCUCUCUGAAAGUCACUGAGAUCUCUUCUUCUAGCCAUGGUAGCCAAAAUAAUGGGCAAGCCUCCCAAAGCAUGAUGGGAUGUUUUUUAAAUGCUUAAUUAUCUCAGGAACCACACCUGUGUGGAAGCACCUGCUUUCAAUAUACUCUGUAUCCCUCAUUUACUCAAGUGUUUCCUUUAUUUUGGCAGUUACCUGUAUGUCUCUAAGUCUAUUCAUUGGAUUGUUUGGCAGUUACCUGGAUGUCUCUAAGUCUAUUCAUUGGAUUGUUUGGCAGUUCCCUGGAUGUCUCUAAGUCUAUUCAUUGGAUUGUUUGGCAGUUACCUGGAUGUCUCUAAGUCUAUUCAUUGGAUUGUUUGGCAGUUCCCUGUAUAUCUCUAAGUCUAUUCAUUGGAUUGUUUGGCAGUUCCCUGGAUGUCUCUAAGUCUAUUCAUUGGAUUGUUUGGCAGUUCCCUGUAUAUCUCUAAGUCUAUUCAUUGGAUUGUUUGGCAGUUCCCUGUAUAUCUCUAAGUCUAUUCAUUGGAUUGUUUGGCAGUUACCUGUAUAUCUCUAAGUCUAUUCAUUGGAUUGUUUGGCAGUUACCUGGAUGUCUCUAAGUCUAUUCAUUGGAUUGUUUGGCAGUUCCCUGUAUAUCUCUAAGUCUAUUCAUUGGAUUGUUUGGCAGUUCCCUGUAUAUCUCUAAGUCUAUUCAUUGGAUUGUUUGGCAGUUCCCUGUAUAUCUCUAAGUCUAUUCAUUGGAUUGUUUGGCAGUUACCUGUAUAUCUCUAAGUCUAUUCAUUGGAUUGUUUGGCAGUUACCUGGAUGUCUCUAAGUCUAUUCAUUGGAUUGUUUGGCAGUUCCCUGUAUAUCUCUAAGUCUAUUCAUUGGAUUGUUUGGCAGUUCCCUGUAUAUCUCUAAGUCUAUUCAUUGGAUUGUUUGGCAGUUACCUGGAUGUCUCUAAGUCUAUUCAUUGGAUUGUUUGGCAGUUACCUGGAUGUCUCUAAGUCUAUUCAUUGGAUUGUUUGGCAGUUACCUGUAUAUCUCUAAGUCUAUUCAUUGGAUUGUUUGGCAGUUACCUGGAUGUCUCUAAGUCUAUUCAUUGGAUUGUUUGGCAGUUACCUGGAUGUCUCUAAGUCUAUUCAUUGGAUUAUUUGGCAGUUACCUGGAUGUCUCUAAGUCUAUUCAUUGGAUUGUUUGGCAGUUCCCUGUAUAUCUCUAAGUCUAUUCAUUGGAUUGUUUGGCAGUUCCCUGUAUAUCUCUAAGUCUAUUCAUUGGAUUGUUUGGCAGUUACCUGUAUAUCUCUAAGUUAUUCAUUGAUUGUUUGGCAGUUACUGGAUGUCUCUAAGUCUAUUCAUUGGAUUGUUUGGCAGUUACCUGGAUGUCUCUAAGUCUAUUCAUUGGAUUGUUUGGCAGUUACCUGGAUGUCUCUAAGUCUAUUCAUUGGAUUGUUUGGCAGUUACCUGGAUGUCUCUAAGUCUAUUCAUUGGAUUGUUUGGCAGUUACCUGGAUGUCUCUAAGUCUAUUCAUUGGAUUGUUUGGCAGUUACCUGGAUGUCUCUAAGUCUAUUCAUUGGAUUGUUUGGCAGUUACCUGGAUGUCUCUAAGUCUAUUCAUUGGAUUGUUUGGCAGUUACCUGGAUGUCUCUAAGUCUAUUCAUUGGAUUGUUUGGCAGUUCCUGUAUAUCUCUAAGUCUAUUCAUUGGAUUGUUUGGCAGUUCCCUGUAUAUCUCAAAGUCUAUUCAUUGGAUUGUUUGGCAGUUCCCUGUAUAUCUCUAAGUCUAUUCAUUGGAUUGUUUGGCAGUUCCCUGUAUAUCUCUAAGUCUAUUCAUUGGAUUGUUUGGCAGUUCCCUGUAUAUCUCUAAGUCUAUUCAUUGGAUUGUUUGGCAGUUCCCUGUAUAUCUCUAAGUCUAUUCAUUGGAUUGUUUGGCAGUUCCCUGUAUAUCUCUAAGUCUAUUCAUUGGAUUGUUUGGCAGUUCCCUGUAUUCUCUAAGUCUAUUCAUUGGAUUGUUUGGCAGUUUACCUGGAUGUCUCUAAGUCUAUUCAUUGGAUGUUUGGCAGUUUCCCUGUAUACUCUAAGUCUAUUCAUUGGAUUGUUUGGCCAGUUCCCUGUAUAUCUCUAAGUCUAUUCAUUGGAUUGUUUGGCAGUUACCUGUAUAUCUCAAGUCUAUUCAUUGGAUUGUUUGGCAGUUACCUGGAUGUCUCUAAGUCUAUUCAUUGGAUUGUUUGGCAGUUCCCUGUAUAUCUCUAAGUCUAUUCAUUGGAUUGUUUGAGCCCAGCAUUAGGUGGAGUUACAAUGGUAGACAGACUCACACUGUUCACUUGGUAUCUGAUUGGUGUAAACAUGUCACACAUUGUGUAGUUGAUACAUCAUUGGCCUAACCCCCUGUUCAUCAGUUGAGUUAUGUGAUUGGCCUAACCCCCUGUUCAUCAGUUGAGUUAUGUGAUUGGUGUAACCCCCUGUUCAUCAGUUGAGUUAUGUGAUUGGUGUAACCCCCUGUUCAUCAGUUGUUUAUAUGUGAUUGGUGUAACCCCCUGUUCAUCAGUUGAGUUAUGUGAUUGGCCUAACCCCCUGUUCAUCAGUUGUUGAUAUGUAAUUGGUGUAACCCCCUGUUCAUCAGUUGUUGAUAUGUGAUUGGUGUAACCCCCUGUUCAUCAGUUGAGUUGAUAUGUGAUUGGUGUAACCCCCUGUUCAUCAGUUGAGUUAUGUGAUUGGUGUAACCCCCUGUUCAUCAGUUGAGUUAUGUGAUUGGUGUAACCCCCUGUUCAUCAGUUGAGUUAUGUGAUUGGUGUAACCCCCUGUUCAUCAGUUGAGUUAUGUGAUUGGUGUAACCCCCUGUUCAUCAGUUGAGUUAUGUGAUUGGUGUAACCCCCUGUUCAUCAGUUGUUUAUAUGUGAUUGGUGUAACCCCCUGUUCAUCAGUUGAGUUAUGUGAUUGGUGUAACCCCCUGUUCAUCAGUUGAGUUAUGUGAUUGGUGUAACCCCCUGUUCAUCAGUUGAGUUAUGUGAUUGGUGUAACCCCCUGUUCAUCAGUUGAGUUGAUAUGUGAUUGGUGUAACCCCCGUCCGUCACCAGAACUCCGUUAGGAAGAGGGCGGGCCUGGCUGCGAUUGGCCCUGAUGCAGAAGAAGCUGUCGGACUACAUGAAGACCAUCAUCAACAGAAAGGAUCUGCUCAGUGAGUUCUAUGAGGCCAACGCUCUCAUGAUGGAGGAGGAAGGAGCCGUGAUCGCCGGACUGCUGGUUGGGUUGAACGUCAUCGAUGCUAAUCUCUGUAUGAAGGGAGAAGACCUGGACUCACAGGUUAGUACCAUAGAAUAUAUAUUUACAGUAGCCCCCAGAAUGCAUUUACAGUAGCCCCCAGUACGUAUUUACAGUAGCCCCCAGUACGUAUUUACAGUAGCCCCCAGAAUGCAUUUACAGUAGCCCCCAGUACGUAUUUACAGUAGCCCCCAGUACGGGCCCCCAGUACGUAUUUACAGUAGCCCCCAGAAUGCAUUUACAGUAGCCCCCAGUACGUAUUUACAGUAGCCCCCAGUACGUAUUUACAGUAUCCCCCAGUACGCAUUUACAGUAGCCUCCAGUACAUAUUCAAUAUUAUACAGUACCCAUAUACAGUACAGUUGAGCGUUUAACCAGCUGGUAUUUAAAUAAAGUCUGUUUUCUGUCUGACACAAUGUUUUCAUUAGUGUAGCUCAGUGAUUCUGUUAUGUUCUUCAGAUCAAGUCUCUGUCUGUUGUGAUUCUGUUAUGUUCUUCAGAUCAAGUCUCUGUCUGUUGUGAUUCUGUUAUGUUCUUCAGAUCAAGUCUCUGUCUGUUGUGAUUCUGUUAUGUUCUUCAGAUCAAGUCUCUGUCUGUUGUGAUUCUGUUAUGUUCUUCAGAUCAAGUCUCUGUCUGUUGUGAUUCUGUUAUGUUCUUCAGAUCAAGUCUCUGUCUGUUGUGAUUUUUGUUAUGUUCCCUUUAGAUCAAAAUCUCUGUCUGUUGUGAUUCUGUUAUGUUCUUCAGAUCAAGUCUCUGUCUGUUGUGAUUCUGUUAUGUUCUUCAGAUCAAGUCUCUGUCUGUUGUGAUUCUGUUAUGCUCUUCAGAUCAAGUCUCUGUCUGUUGUGAUUCUGUAAUGCUCUUCAGACCGGGAGUGGUCAUACAAGUCUGUGUGUUGUAUUUCCUGUGCAGGUCGGGGUGAUAGAUUUCUCCAUGUAUCUUAAGGAUGGUCACAGCAGCAAGACAGCAGAAGGGUGCGUUCCUCCUUAAUAACAAUAGCCCUCCACCUUAAUAACACUAGCCCCUUAAUAACACUAGCCCUCACCUAAAACACUAGCCCACCUUAAUAACACUUAGCCCUCCACCAUAACAUAGCCCUACCUAAAACUAGCCCCUCACCUUAAUAACACUAGCCCUCCACCUUAAUAACACUAGCCCCUCACCUUAAUAACACUAGCCCUCACCUUAAUAACACUAGCCCUCCACCUUAAUAACACUAGCCCCUCACCUUAAUAACACUAGCCCCUCACCUUAAUAACACUAGCCCUCACCUUAUACACUAGCCCCUCACCUUAAUAACAACUAGCCCACCACCUUAAUACACUAGCCCCUCACCUUAAUAACACUAGCCCUCACCUUAAUAAACUAGCCCUCACCUUAAUAACACUAGCAGCCCUCACCUUAAUAACACUAGCCCUCCACCUUAAUAACACUAGCCCUCACCUUAAUAACACUAGCCCUCCACCUUAAUAACACUAGCCCUCCACCUUAUAACACUAGCCCCUUAAUAACACUAAGCCCUCACCUUAAUAACACCUAGCCCUCACCUUAUAACACUAGCCUCCACCUUAAUAACACUAGCCCCUCACCUUAAUAACACUAGCCCCACUCACGCCACCUUAAAAACACUAGCCCCUCACCUUAAUAACACUAGCCCUCACCUUAAUAACACUAGCCCUCCACCUUAAUAACACUAGCCCCUCACCUUAAUAACACUAGCCCCCCACCUUAAUAACACUAGCCCUCACCUUAAUAACACUAGCCCUCACCUUAAUACACUAGCCUCUCACCUUAAUAACACUAGCCCUCCACCUUAAAACACUAGCCCCUUAAUAACACUAGCCCUCCACCUUAAUAACCCCUAGACCCCCCCCCCCCCCCCCCCCCUUAAAAACACUAGCCCUCACCUAAUACACAGCCCCUCACCUUUAAAAACACUAGCCCCUCACCUUAAUAACACUAGCCCUCCACCUUAAUAACACUAGCCCCUCACCUUAAUACACUAGCCCCUCACCUUAAUAACAUAGCCUCUCACCUUAAUAACACUGAGCCCUCCACCUUAAUAACACUAGCCCUUUCCCCCUUAAAACACUAGCCCCUCACCUUUAAAAACACUAGCCCCUCACCUUAAUAACACUACGCCCUCCACCUUAAUAACACUAGUCCCCUCCACCUUAAUAACCACUAGCCCCUCACCUUAAUAACGCUAGCCCUCCACCUUAAUAACACUAGCCCCUCACCUUAAUAACGCUAGCCCUCCACCUUAAUAACACUAGCCCCUCACCUUAAUAACACUAGCCCCUUAAUAACACUAGUCCCUCCACCUUAAUAACACUAGCCCUCCACCUUAAUAACACUAGUCCCUCCACCUUAAUAACACUAGCCCCUCACCUUAAUAACGCUAGCCCUCCACCUUAAUAACACUAGCCCCUCACGUUAAUAACACUAGCCCCUCACCUUAAUAACACUAGCCCUCGCCUUAAUAACACUAGCCCCUCACCUUAAUAACACUAGCCCUACACCUUAAUAACACUAGCCCCUCACCUUAAUAACACUAGCCCCUUAAUAACACUAGCCCCUUAACACUAGUCCCUCCACCUUAAUAACACUAGCCCCUCACCUUAAUAACACUAGCCCUCACCUUAAUAACACUAGCCCCCACCUUAAUAACACUAGCCCCUUAAUAACACUAGCCCCUCACCUUAAUAACACUAGCCCUCCACCUUAAUAACACUAGUUCCCUCACCUUAAUAACACUAGCCCCUUAAUAACACUAGCCCCUUAAUAACACUAGUCCCUCCACCUUAAUAACACUAGCCCUCCACCUUAAUAACACUAGUCCCUCCACCUUAAUAACACUAGCCCCUCACCUUAAUAACGCUAGCCCUCCACCUUAAUAACACUAGCCCCUCACCUUAAUAACGCUAGCCCUCCACCUUAAUAACACUAGUCCCUCACCUUAAUAACACUAGCCCCUUAAUAACACUAAUCCCUCCACCUUAAUAACACUAGCCCUCCACCUUAAUAACACUAGUCCCUCCACCUUAAUAACACUAGCCCCUCACCUUAAUAACGCUAGCCCUCCACCUUAAUAACACUAGCCCCUCACCUUAAUAACACUAGCCCCUCACCUUAAUAACACUAGCCCUCACCUUAAUAACACUAGCCCCUCACCUUAAUAACACUAGCCCUCCACCUUAAUAACACUAGCCCCUCACCUUAAUAACACUAGCCCUCACCUUAAUAACACUAGCCCCUUAAUAACACUAGCCCCUUAAUAACACUAGUCCCUCCACCUUAAUAACACUAGCCCCUCACCUUAAUAACACUAGCCCUCACCUUAAUAACACUAGCCCCUUAAUAACACUAGCCCCUCACCUUAAUAACACUAGCCCUCACCUUAAUAACACUAGCCCCUUAAUAACACUAGCCCUCCACCUUAAUAACACUAGUCCCUCCACCUUAAUAACACUAGCCCUCCACCUUAAUAACACUAGCCCUCCACCUUAAUAACACUAGCCCUCCACCUUAAUAACACUAGCCCCUCACCUUAAUAACACUAGUCCCUCACCUUAAUAACACUAGCCCUCCACCUUAAUAACACUAGCCGCUUAAUAACACUAGCCCUCCACCUUAAUAACACUAGUCCCUCCACCUUAAUAACACUAGUCCCUCCACCUUAAUAACGCUAGCCCCUCACCUUAAUAACACUAGCCCCUCACCUUAAUAACACUAGCCCCCUCACCUUAAUAACACUAGCCCUCCACCUUAAUAACACUAGCCCUCCACCUUAAUAACACUAGCCCCUCACCUUAAUAACACUAGCCCCUCACCUUAAUAACACUAGCCUCUCACCUUAAUAACACUAGCCCCUCACCUUAAUAACACUAGCCCCUCACCUUAAUAACACUAGCCUCUCACCUUAAUAACACUAGCCCCUCACCUUAAUAACACUAGCCCUCCACCUUAAUAACACUAGCCCUCCACCUUAAUAACACUAGCCCUCCACCUUAAUAACACUAGCCCUCCAUCUUAAUAACACUAGCCCUCCACCUUAAUAACACUAGCCUCUCACCUAAUAACACUAGACCCUCCAACCUUAAUAACACUAGCCCCUCACCUUAAUAACACUAGCCCCUCACCUAAUAACACUAGCCCCUCACCUUAAUAACACUAGCCCUCCCUCCACCUAGAAAACACUAGCCCCUCACCUUAAUAACACUAGCCCCUCACCUUAAUAACACUAGCCCUCCCACCUUAAUAAACACUAGCCCUCCACCUUAAUAACACUAGUCCCUCCACCUUAAUAACACUAGCCCCUCACCUUAAUAACACUAGCCCCUCACCUUAAUAACACUAGCCCUCACCUUAAUAACACUAGCCCCUCACCUUAAUAACACUAGCCCCUCACCUUAAUAACACUAGCCCCUCACCUUAAUAACACUAGCCCUCCACCUUAAUAACACUAGCCCCUUAAUAACACUAGCCCCUUAAUAACACUAGUCCCUCCACCUUAAUAACACUAGCCCCUCACCUUAAUAACACUAGCCCUCCUCCUUAAUAACACUAGCCCUCCACCUUAAGAACACUAGCCGCUUAAUAACACUAGCACCCCUCACCUUAAUAAACACUAAGCCCCUCACCUUAAUAAACACUAGCCCUCCACCUUAAUAAACACUACCCCUCACCUUAAUAACAUAGCCCCUCACCUUGAAUAACACUAGCCCCUUAAUAACACAGCCCUCCACCUUAAUAACACUAGCCCCUCACCUUAAUAAUACUAGCCCCUCACCUUAAUAACACCUAGCCCUCCACCUUAAUAACACUAGCCCUCCACCUUAAAUAACACUAGCCCUCCACCGUAAUAACCUAGCCCCUCACCUUAAUAACACUAUGCCCCUCACCUUUAUAAAACUAGCCGCUUAAUAACACUAGUCCUCACCUUAAUAACACUAGCCCCUAUAACACUAGCGCCCUCACCUUAAUAACACAGCCGCUUAAUAACACAGCCCUCCACCUUAAUAACACUAGCCCUCCACCUUAUAACACAGCCCCCUCCACCUUAAUACACUAGCCCCUCACCUUAAUAACACUAGCCCCUCCACCUUAAUACACUAGCCCUCCACCUUAAUAACACUAGCCCCUCACCCUUUAAAAACACUAGCCCCUCCACCUUAAUAAACAUAGCCCUCCACCUUAAUAACACUAGCCCUCCCCUUUAAUAACACUAGCCCUCCACCUUAAUAACACUAGUCCCUACUUAAUAACACUAGCCCCUUAAAACACACCUCCACCUUAAUAACACUAGCCUCCCUAAUAACACAGCCCCUUAAUAACACUAGUCCCUCCACCUUAAUAACACUAAACCCUCCACCUUAAUAACACUAGCCCUCCACCUUAAUAACACUAGCCCCUCACCUAAUAACGCUGCCCUCCACCUAAAAACUGCCCCUCACGUUAUAACACUAGCCCUCAUUAAUAACACUAGCCCUCACCUUAAAUAACACUAGCCCCUCACCUUAAUAACACUAGCCCUCCCCCUUAAUAACACUAGCCCCCCACCUGAAUACAUAGCCCUCACCUUAUAACACUAGCCCCUUAAUAACACUAGCCCCUUAAUAACACUAGUCCCUCCACCUUAAACACUAGCCCCUCACCUUAAAAAACACUAGCCCUCACCUUAAUAACACUAGCCCCUUAAAACACUAGCCCCUCCCUUAAUAACACUAGCCCUCCACCUUAAACACUAUUCCCUCACCUUAAAACACUAGCCCCUUAAUAACCACUAGCCCCUCACCUUAAUAACACAGCCCUCCACCUUAAAACACUAUUCCCUCACCUUAAAAACACUAGCCCUUAAUAAAAACUAGCCCUCCACCUUAAUAACACUAGUCCCUCCACCUUAAAACACUAGUCCCACCUUAAACGCUAGCCCCCACCUUAAUAACACUAGUCCCUCACCUUAAUAACACUAGCCCCUUAAUAACAAUAGCCCUCCACCUUAAUAAACUAGCCCUCCCCCUUAAUAACACUAGCCCUCCACCUUAAUAAAACUAGCCCCUCACCUUAAUAACGCUACCCUCCACCUUUAAAAACAUAGCCUCACCUUAAUAACACUAGCCCCUCACCUUAAUAAAACUAGCCCUCACCUUAAUAACACUAGCCCUCACCUUAUAACACUAGCCCUCCACCUUAAUAACACUAGCCCCUCACCUUAAUAACACUAGCCCUCACCUUAAAACAACACUAGCCCCUUAAUAACACUACGCCCCUUAAUAACCCUAGUCCCUCCACCUUAAUAACACUAGCCCCUCACCUUAAUAACACUAGCCCUCACCUUAAUAACACUAGCCCCUUAAUAACACUAGCCCCUCACCUUAAUAACACUAGCCCCUUAAUAACACUAGUCCCUCCACCUUAAUAACACUAGUCCCUCCACCUUAAUAACACUAGUCCCCCACCUUAAUAACACUAGCCCUCCACCUUAAUAACACUAGCCCUCCACCUUAAUAACACUAGCCCUCCACCUUAAUAACACUAGCCCCUCACCUUAAUAACACUAGCCCCUCCACCUUAAUAACACUAGCCCCUCACCUUAAUAACACUAGCCCCUCACCUUAAUAACACUAGCCCCCACCUUAAUAACACUAGCCGCUUAAUAACACUAGCCCUCCACCUUAAUAACACUAGCCCUCCACCUUAAUAACACUAAGCCCUCCACCUUAAUAACACUUGCCCUCCACCUUAAUAACACUAGCCCCUCACCUUAAUAACACUAGCCCUCCACCUUAAUAACACUAGCCCCUCACCUUAAUAACACUAGUCCCUCACCUUAAUAAAAACUAGCCCUCCCCCUUAAUAAAAAUAGCCGCUUAUAACACUAGCCUCACCUUAAACACUACCCCUCACCUUAUAACACUAGCCCCUCACCUUAAUAACACUAGCCCUCCCCCUUAAUAACACUAGCCCCUCACCUUAAUAACACUAGCCCCUCACCUUAAUAACACUAGCCCCUUAAUAACACUAGCCCUCCACCUUAAUAACACUUAGCCCCUCACCUUAAUAAUACUAGCCCCUCACCUUAAAAACACUAGCCCUCCACUUAAUAACACAGCCCUCCACCUUUAAAAACACUAGCCCUCCACCUUAAUAACACUAGCCCCUCACCUUAAUAACACUAGCCCCUCACCUUAAUUAACACUAGCCCCUCACCUUAAUAAACACUAUCGUCCGCUUAAUAACACUAGUCCUCACCUUAAUAACACUAGCCCCUUAAUAACACUAGCCCCUCACCUUAAUAACACUAGCCGCUUAAUAACACUAGCCCUCCACCUUAAUAACACUAGCCCCUCCACCUUAAUAACACUAGCCCUCCACCUUAAUAACACUAGCCCCUCACCUUAAUAACACUAGCCCCUCACCUUAAUAACACUAGCCCCUCACCUUAAUAACACUAGCCCCUCCACCUUAAUAACACUAGUCCCUCCACCUUAAUAACACUAGCCCUCCACCUUAAUAACACUAGCCCCUCACCUUAAUAACACUAGCCCCUCACCUUAAUAACACUAGCCCUCUAAUAACACUAGUCCUCACUUAAUACACUAGCCCCUCACUUAAUAACACUAGCCGCUUUAAUAAACACUAGCCCUCCACCUAAUAACACUAGCCCUCCACACUUAAUAACACUAGCCCCCCUUCCCACCUUAAUUAAACACUAGCCGCUUAAUAACACUAGCCCCUCCACCUUAAUAACACUAGCCCCUCACCUUAAUAACACUAGCACGCUUAAUACACUAGCCUCCACCUUAAUAACACUAGCCCUCCACCUUAAUAACACUAGCCCUCCGCCUUAAUAACACUAGCCCCUCACCUUAAUAACACUAGCCCCUCACCUUAAUAAACACUAGCCCUCCACCUUAAUAACACUAGUCCUCACCUUAAUACACUAGCAGCCCUCCACCUUAAUAACACUAGCCCCUAAUAACACUAGCCCCUCACCUUAAUAACACUAGCCCCUCCACCUUAAUAACACUAGCCCCCCUCACCUUAAUAACACUAGCCCCUACCUUAAUAACACUAGCCCUCCACCUUAAUACACACUAGCCCCUCACCUUAAUAACAUAGCCCUCCACCUUAAUAACACUAGCCCCUCACCUUAAUAACACUAGCCCCUUAAUAACACUAGCCCCUCACCUUAAUAACACUAGCCCCUUAAUAACACUAGCCCUCCACCUUAAUAACACUAGCCCUCCACCUUAGGGCGGCAGGUAGCUUAGUGGUUAAGAGCGUUGUGCCAUUAACCGAAAGGUCGCUGGUUCUAAUCCCCGAGCCGACUAGGUGAAAAAUCUGUCGAUGUGCCCUUGAGCAAGGCACUUAACCCUAAUUGCUCCUGUAAGUCGCUCUGGAUAAGAGCGUCUGCUAAAUGACCAAUUAUUUAUUUAUUUAUUAUUAUUUUAAUAACACUAGCCCUCCACCUUAAUAACACUUCUCCCCCCCCCCCCCCAGGGAUGGCCAGAUAACAGCCAUCCUGGACCAGAAGAACUAUGUUGAGGAGCUGAACAGACACCUGAGUGCUUCAGUCACCAACCUGCAGGCCAGAGUAGACGCUAUGGAGAAGUCCAACACCAAGCUCACUGAAGAGGUAUGUUAUUUUACCACAGUUUGAUUUAACAUGCGUUCUACAACUGGGUUGUGUUUUCUAGAAGUUAAUAGAACAUGUUCUGGAUUGGUGUGUGUUGUCUGUAAUGUUUUAAUGUCAAGUGAAGUGCCUUUCUUACAAGCUCUAAACCCAACAAUGCAUUAAUCAGUAGCUUAGGUUGUCUGAAAGUACAGUGGGGAAAAAAAGUAUUUAGUCAGCCACCAAUUGUGCAAGUUCUCCCACUUAAAAAGAUGAGAGAGGUCUGUAAUUUUCAUCAUAGGUACACGUCAACUAUGACUGACAAAAUGAGAGAAAAAAAUUACAGAAAAUCACAUUGUAGGAUUUUUUAUGAAUUUAUUUGCAAAUUAUGGUGGAAAAUAAGUAUUUGGUCAAUAACAAAAGUUUCUCAAUACUUUGUUAUAUACCCUUUGUUGGCAAUGACACAGGUCAAACGUUUUCUGUAAGUCUUCACAAGGUUUCACACACUGUUGCUGGUAUUUUGGCCCAUUCCUCCAUGCAGAUCUCCUCUAGAGCAGUGAUGUUUUGGGGCUGUCGCUGGGCAACACAGACUUUCAACUCCCUCCAAAGAUUUUCUAUGGGGUUGAGAUCUGGAGACUGGCUAGGCCACUCCAGGACCUUGAAAUGCUUCUUACGAAGCCACUCCUUCGUUGCCCGGGCGGUGUGUUUGGGAUCAUUGUCAUGCUGAAAGACCCAGCCACGUUUCAUCUUCAAUGCCCUUGCUGAUGGAAGGAGGUUUUCACUCAAAAUCUCACGAUACAUGGCCCCAUUCAUUCUUUCCUUUACACGGAUCAGUCGUCCUGGUCCCUUUGCAGAAAAACAGCCCCAAAGCAUGAUGUUUCCACCCCCAUGCUUCACAGUAGGUAUGGUGUUCUUUGGAUGCAACUCAGCAUUCUUUGUCCUCCAAACACGACGAGUUGAGUUUUUACCAAAAAGUUCUAUUUUGGUUUCAUCUGACCAUAUGACAUUCUCCCAAUCCUCUUCUGGAUCAUCCAAAUGCACUCUAGCAAACUUCAGACGGGCCUGGACAUAUACUGGCUUAAGCAGGGGGACACGUCUUGGACUGCAGGAUUUGAGUCCCUGGCGGCGUAGUGUGUUACUGAUGGUAGGCUUUGUUACUUUGGUCCCAGCUCUCUGCAGGUCAUUCACUAGGUCCCCGCGUGUGGUUCUGGGAUUUUUGCUCACCGUUCUUGUGAUCAUUUUGACCCCACGGGGUGAGAUCUUGCGUGGAGCUCCAGAUCGAGGGAGAUUAUCAGUGGUCUUGUAUGUCUUCCAUUUCCUAAUAAUUGCUCCCACAGUUGAUUUCUUCAAACCAAGCUGCUUACCUAUUGCAGAUUCAGUCUUCCCAGCCUGGUGCAGGUCUACAAUUUUGUUUCUGGUGUCUUUUGACAGCUCUUUGGUCUUGGCCAUAGUGGAGUUUGGAGUGUGACCGUUUGAGGUUGUGGACAGGUGUCUUUUAUACUGAUAACAAGUUCAAACAGGUGCCAUUAAUACAGGUAACGAGUGGAGGACAGAGGAGCCUCUUAAAGAAUAAGUUACAAGUCUGUGAGAGCCAGAAAUCUUGCUUGUUUGUAGGUGACCAAAUACUUAUUUUCCACCAUAAUUUGCUAAUAAAUUCAUUACAAAUCCUACAAUGUGAUUUUCUGGAUUUUUUUUCCUCAAUUUGUCUGUCAUAGUUGACGUGUACCUAUGAUGAAAAUUACAGGCCUCUCUCAUCUUUUUAAGUGGGAGAACUUGCACAGUUGGUGGCUGACUAAAUACUUUUUUUCUCCACUGUACAUCUGAUAUUUCUCCACUGGUGUGGAACAUAUUACAGGUUUCUCUUGCGAAUUAGAUUUUUAUCUCAAUGAGUCAAACCAGUGUAAAUAAAGGUUGAUUACACUCUGCCCUGGUGUGUUGUCUGUCUAGCUUGCAGUCGCCAACAACAGGAUCAUCACCCUGCAAGAGGAUGUAGAACGAGUCAAAGAGGAGAGCUCCUACCAGAUAGAGUCAAGUCGC